CUUACAAUACAUUAGCAACACAUCUUGACGUAUAGCAAGUAAUGUGUUUCGAGGGCAGAAUUUUUCUGCCGCGAUUUGUCACUGCAUUGUUUUUGUCCUGCAAGAUAAUAGGAAUUGGAAAGUUGCGUUUUUAGAUACUCUCUCAUCUUUAUUACGUCUUAGUGUUAGUUUUGUUGUUAGCUAACAAGCUAGCUAACUACCUGCCAGCCCGCUGGUGCGUUAGCUGCCAAGCCUUAAGGCCGAGCCACCCGUCAUCCAACACUGUUUGAUAAAGUAUCUUAAUGGGGACACAAUAGGACCUCAUACCUGGAGAAAAAACGACUGUUGAUUCAAUAGAAGUGAAUCAUUCGGGUCACCCCGCGCCUGUCACAUGCCCGAACAAGGACCCGGGAUGAAUGGGUUUUCUUUCGGCGAACUAUGCUGGCUGUUCUGCUGUCCGCCCUGCCCCAGUCGGAUCGCGGCCAAGCUAGCUUUCCUCCCGCCGGAGCCCACGUACUCGAUGCACAGCGAUGCGAAUGGGGUAACUAGCUUACAUUUAACUGAACGGGCAGACUGGCAGUAUUCUCAACGCGAGCUCGAUGCGGUGGAAGUGUUUAGCACCAGAAGCAGUCGAGGUAAUCGGGUCGGCUGUAUGUUUGUGCGUUGCGCUCCGAACAGUCGGUACACGCUGUUGUUUUCCCACGGCAACGCGGUGGACUUGGGGCAGAUGUGCAGUUUUUACAUCGGCCUCGGCUCCAGGAUCAACUGCAACGUGUUCUCCUACGAUUACUCGGGCUACGGGGUCAGCACUGGCAAGCCCUCCGAGAAGAACCUGUAUGCGGACAUCGAGGCUGCCUGGCAGGUCCUGAGGAACAAGUACGGUGUAACACCGGAGAACAUCAUCCUGUACGGUCAGAGCAUCGGCACGGUGCCGACCAUCGACCUGGCUGCUCGCUAUGAAUGUGCCGCUGUCAUCCUCCACUCACCGCUCAUGUCGGGGCUUCGGGUGGCCUUCCCUGACACACGGAAGACUUACUGCUUUGAUGCCUUCCCCAGCAUUGACAAGAUGUCCAAGGUGGCGUCCCCAGUGCUGGUGAUCCACGGCACGGAAGACGAGGUCAUCGACUUCUCCCACGGCCUGGCCAUGUACGAGCGCUGCCCCCGCGCCGUCGAGCCGCUGUGGGUGGAGGGCGCCGGGCACAACGACAUUGAACUGUACGCCCAGUACUUGGAGAGGCUCAAACAGUUCAUCUCCUUUGAGCUUCCCACAUCCUGAGGAGAGCGCCGCACUCAAGAAGCCGCCUCCUUCUCAUCUCCCACUUCUUCUUCUUCUUCGCAUCGGAACAGGACUGGAGUCGGCUGAUCACACCGGUCUCCCCUGACCUUGGAGGCAUUAUAGGGUAGGAAUGUGUAGUGGACUGGAAGAGGGAAAAAAGGGUUUAGAUUGUUGAGGUCCAGGCGAGAGUCAGAGGCCAGUACCGGCCAGGAGUUAAUGUAUACUGGCCCAAAAACCUGGCUGGUGCUCCGACACGUGGACACGCAUCGAUGAGCCCAGGCCAAGGCAGUGUUUGACUGAAUUCCUUCUCAACUCCAGCUCUCCUUCCCUUCCUCUACUCACUCGGCCUCCCUGAGUGUUCCUGUGUCUCUCACUGUGAGCUUCAGUCUGUCACAUUUCCUUCUUCUUUCCGCUGUUACUCCCAUCUUUGUUUUUCCCUCUUCCUUUUUUUUUUAACUGAGUCUUUGCAGUGUUCAAGUUGAUUUUUUUAUAUUCUUUUAUACCAAGUAAAGAAGUAUCAAUUUUACACCAUGAAAUACAAUUGAAGUGUUACACUUUUUCUGUAUUUUUAAGUUACCAUUCAGGGUUUACCAAACGAUUGCACUUUUAUUGUGCAGAUAUUUCCAGGUCAAUAUUUUUCCCUUUUGGAAGAUGUGUAUUUGAUUCUUUUUUUGUAAUCUGCAUUCCAUGUUUUUAAUGCCGGUAGCACUUUUGUUCAGUUGGGGUUGUGUGUUUUUAUAAGCUGUUAAACAGUGCACAUCUGGCCUUUGUCGUUGUGAUCGUUGUUUUCCUGACGCAUGCUUCUCUCUCAUACAGGAAGACAAUAAUGCCAAGCUUCAUUUAGAAAUAUCAUAUGCCUUGCUCAUUGGCACCCAUACAAAUCUGGGAGAUUAUUACUUCAAUACUUGAAUACUUUAGAGCCACUAGUAAAUUGAGCAGUCAGCACAUGCGUCAUGAAAAAGCCAACAUUUAGAAUUGGCUUUUUAAUAAUGAUAAACACCACAAAAGGCUGCAGUAAAGAGCAAGUGUUCAUUGGAAUAUGUUGUGAUUGGUGGAUCAUCGAGAUGUAAAGAUGAACGCUCUCAAUAUGAUGUAAUGGUUCUCUACAGGUCAUUGAUAUAAUCUGAUGUGUUUCACAAUAUAAAACACGAGUGAAGCCAUUGAUGGAGACAUUAAUAUUGGUCUGUUACACACGGGUCUAAUUGGUGUGUUAAUGUUGUGUACGCAUACACAUUCUCACUUAGUGUACCGCACCAGGUGCGUCGUACCGUUGCCAUGGACGACGGGAGCGUCCCUCAGUGGGAGAGCAGCAGGCAUCGGGCCCGUACUUCAAUAAACUGGAGAUCAUGUAGGGAUCAGACUCUCACAGACACACACUUGGCUCGGUGCUCUGGACUGAAGCCGGGAGCUCGGUGCUGGGGAGGACGCUCCGCUGGGUUCUUGUGUUGGUACAUUCACGCUACAAACGAAGCCUUAUGUUCGUAAACAUUUCACCCAGUGCUGUUGACGACGGCAGGGGGGGGGGGGGGGGCUGCUGCUAACCAUCAGAUAAAUCAGUCGGUCAGUCAAUCGCUGUGAAAGCCAGACAGGUCGGGGUCCACCGUCAUUCCUUUUAGUCGGCCGUGUGCUCCUGCGGGCAGCCGGAGGGUCCUCUCUGACCAGCGCGACGUCGGCCGAGCCCUGUGGCGGUUUGCUGUCGUCCGAAAGAACCGCGGCGGGGGAUUGGAAUGCUGUGGGAAAGCAAGAUAUGCAAAUCCCCUCUUCUAGUCGUAGACAUUUCAAACCUGUAGCCGCUGCAUUUUGAUCGUUUGUCCUUUUACCUUGCAAAGUGAAACGCGAAACGAGAAACGCGAUCCCGUUUGCAGCAAACGCAGAACACGUCUUCAGAGGAGAAUGGCGUCCGAGGCGUAUUUGCAUAGCGAUUGGUGGCGGUCAUUUGAUCGCUCUGUGUGUUGCUGUGAAGUGGUUUGUCAGUUACGUAUUUGGUGUUUUCUUAUUCUAGUGUCGGGUCGAUGUUUUGGGAUGAAGAGCCCGUGGUCAUCUCUAGUAUAUUUCCUCUCGCGACUCUUUUUCAAGGAAAUGAAGAUCCUGCUUUAGUGCUGCUGAUUAUUGUUUUGAUACUGACAUUUUUAUGAGGUUUUCCAGUCUAAAUGUUGAUGGGUGCACUGUCUCUGAAGCUGGUUUGUACAAUAACCCACUGUGAUAGUAUAUAUCUUCUCUAUACAUAUUAGCCCUCACACAGGGUCGUCUAGUCCCAUUGCUUAAACACUGGAAUCGCAAUAUGCAAAUGGUAGGCAGAUGAAUCCUGUAGAAUCCGAUUAUCACGUGUAAAACGGAUGAAAUGAGCCUUAAACAUGCCGUGAACUGAUUGUCAUACAUGUGGUAGUAGCAAGAAGGCAGCAAAAUGGAUGUUUUUAAAUGCUUAUAAUGGAAUAAAGGAUGCAUGGCA